AUGAGAUACACCAAACUGGUGAGAUGUGGCAAGAAUAAGUUGAAUCGGGAGAAAUUGAAAGCCCUCCACACUGCUAGCUCAAAGGCCUUCAGAAAAGUGCAAUAUGAUGAGCGAGACCGUGCCACUGGAGAGGGACUUGGACUUGUUGAGUUGUACAAAAAGACGCAUUUUAGUGAGAAAAAAGAGGCAUGGGUGCAUGCUGAUGCUGAGAUUAGACAUUACAAGCUUGAAAAGCGGCAAGAGAAAGCUAUUGAAGAAGGAUCUUGCCCGAUAUCUGAUGAGCAACUUUCUAUUGAGGUAUUUGGACAAAAAGUUGGCUACAUACGCGACUUAGGGCGUGGUCGAAAACCAAGUACAACAUUAUCUGGAAAACUUACCCGUGCCCAACUCGAGAGGGAUAAUGAGGCUGCUACAAGGGAGGCUGAAGAGCAACGAAGAAUCAAUGAGGAGCUGGUGGGAAGAAUUCAAAUCUUGGAGUCUGAUCGCACGGAAUACAAUGCCAAAGUCGACUUCUUGAUGCAGCAGAUCAGUCAAAGAGUACCCUCUACUGAUUCUUCUUCUUAGUCCUGCAAGCUUGCGUUGACUUAAAGCUUGGGAGCUCUCUGCUAGAUUUUGAAUGCCAUUUUAACGAAACCAUUGAGAAGAAGAUGCGAUGAGUUGAGUUGUUUUGUUAUGUAGGUAGAUAUAAUUCUAAUAACAAUCUGUUCAUUGAACAGUUGAAUGCUAUAAACAAUGCUUAUAACACUAGCCUUAUAAAUUGGAAAUGAAACUUUUGAAAUCUCUGUCAUAUAUACA